AACCAAUCACUAUUACAACAAGAUAUCGAUAUUAUCUGAGAUACUUGAAAAUCUAAAAAUUUCAGAACUUAAAAAUAGAUAAUAUAUAUAGAUGUAUGGUAGAAUAAUAUGAUGGUUAUUCUAUAUCAACUCUUGGUUAUUGCAACAAAUUACAACAUGAUUUUGAAAACUGUGCUCCUUUUAAGCUGUGUAGCUUUAGCCACUAGCAGCCCUAUUGGAACAUGUCCAACUAUUGCUACUAUUCCUACAUAUCUUCCUGAUUCAGUGGACUGUGCAGUAUUUUAUGAAUGUGAUAACGGACAUCCAGUUGAGUUCCUCUGUGCUCCCGGAACAUACUUUAAUGAUGAAAAAGAUCUUUGUGAAGCUCCAUAUCUCGUUGAUUGUGGCACCAGAUCAACUACAACAACAACAGCAACACCAGAAGCAGCUUAUUAAUUAUCUGAAUUAUCCAAUAUUCCGGUAGCUCAUAAUUUUGUAUUGUAUAAAGAUUAGUCGCGUUAAAAGUUCCUAUAUAUCUUAAACUAAUAAAAGUCUACAUUUUUUUACUUGA